UCAGACCCGCGCGAAAGUCCUUACUGUCGCUAGCUUCACACUGCUUCGUCAAGAGCGGUGAAAUCGCUAACAUGGAGUUGGGCUUGUUUUUCUUGUUACCUUGCCAGUGUUAAGCAAUUGAGACACAUAAAAAGAAGUUUUUGCGAUCGAGAAAUGUAAGGAAAAUGUCUGUCGUCUUUGUGCCGAAGAAGCAACGUGGGAAAGCACAAAUCGAUCAGGAGAUAAUACAAAGAUUACUUGACGAAAAUGACCAGUUGGUAAGAUGUAUAACCGAAUACAUGCAGAAAGGAAGAGCAACGGAAUGUGUCCAAUACCAGCAGAUAUUGCACCGAAACAUUGUUUAUUUAGGAACUAUCGCGGAUGCCAGUCCAAACGUUCCUUCAACAUUGACAACGCCUUUUCAAAACGGAGAAGUGCGGCCCAUACCCUUGCCGGUCUUAAAUGAGGGCGUGAAUGGUUGUAGCACAUCAGAUAAUAAAGAAAACAAGAUGACAGGUUCAUCAUGAGCUUUCAAUUUGGAUGUUUCCGGAAGAGAUUACUUUUUGCCUUGUUCACACAUUUUAAAUGAAUAAAAGCAAAACCUGAUCCAAA